AUGGGCCGCGGCUUUCUCAACGCGGCCAAGUCUGCGUCAAAUGUUGUAUCCGUCCAUAAGAAAUACACCCUCCAAUCUACCGGGGUAUGGGAACGUAUCCGCCGUCUACUCUCUAUUGAUCCCAAUCGCUCAACGGGAGUUCCGCUUAAUGCUCAAUAUCGUCUACCGGCUCCGGGGGCUCUUCCACCGCUAUCUUAUGAGGACCCUGUCACUGUCCCAGCUGGUGACAUCGCGGACAACCCUUACUGGAAGCGUGAUGUCCGGAGGAGUUACCCCAGGCUCAGCACUGUGAACCAGGCUCAUGCAGUCGGUCUUCUCACUGUAGGGAGUCGGGCAACGCCGAAGGGCGACGUCCUGCAAAGUGGGGACGCAGGAGAAAAACAGAUAGUCUCAGUCAAGCAACAGGGAGAGGAGCGGGGUCUGGCUGGUCUCUUUGAUAAGGACAGCAGGACCAUCCGGAGCAUUUUAGGUGUUAAUGGCUUACCUCCAACGCCCUGUAAUCUGAACUCGUCGGCAUCAAGGUACCGGCUUGGCCAUGACCACGGCUAUCCUGACAUGUAUGUUUGA